AAAGAAUAUGUUUUUGCGUCCUACUCUAAGAUAUUUAAACUUCUUUGGCAUCCUCAAACAUUUAAAAGAUCAGAAAAGAAACUCUCCACCAACACAAACAAAAAUGGCUGAAAAGAGGGAAAAUGUGGUGAUGUUCCCUUUCAUGGCGCAAGGCCAUAUCAUCCCUUUCUUGGCUUUAGCUCUUCUUAUUGAAAAAACUAGGAACUAUAAAAUAACCUUUGUAAAUACCCCUCUUAACAUCAAGAAACUAAGAUCAUCCCUGCCUUCCGACUCUUGUGUUCAGCUCCUUGAAAUCCCUUUCAAUAGCUCCGACCAUGGUCUCCCUCCCAACACUGAGAACUGUGAUGUUGUUCCUUACCACCUUGUUGUUCAGCUUCUCGAAGCUUCAGCUUCUCUGAGGCCUGUUUUUAAACAGCUUGUUGAAGAUAUCAUACGACAACAAGAUGGUCAACGCCCACUUUGUAUAAUCGGGGACAUCUUUUUUGGAUGGAUGGCGGGGGUUGCUGAGGAGCUUGGGGUGUUUCAUGCUGUGUUUAGUGGGGCUGGUGGGUUCGGUUUGGCUUGCUAUUACUCCAUUUGGCUUAAUCUUCCUCAUAAGCAAGUAAAGAAGGAUGGUGGUGAUCAUUUUUUGUUGCCAGAUUUCCAAGAAGCUUCAAAAAUAGAGUUGACCCAGUUGCCUUUAACUAUGUCAGUGGCAGAUGGGAGGGAUUCUUGGUCGAUUUUCCAUCAUAAAUAUUUACCGGAAUGGACUAAAUCUGGUGGGGUUUUGUUCAACACAGUGGAGGAGUUUGAUGAUAUUGGAUUGGUGUACUUUAAGCGAAAGCUAAGAAAGCCAGUCUGGGCAGUCGGGCCAAUAUUGUUGUCAAGCGAAAACAGAAUACGUGCAUCCAUAGGAGGAGCUACACCUGAGUAUUGCAAAGCAUGGUUAGACUCAAAGCCUGAAAAUUCAGUUUUAUUUGUUUCUUUCGGAUCAAUGAACACUAUCUCUCCAUCACAGAUGAUGGAGUUAGCCAAAGCUUUGGAGUUAAGUGGGAGGCAUUUUAUUUGGGUUGUGAGGCCACCCAUAGGCUUCGACAUAAACUCAGAAUUCAAAGCCAAUGAAUGGUUGCCUGAAGGGUUUGAAGAGAGAAUGAGAGAGUCGGAAAAAGGGCUGCUAGUGAAUAAAUGGGCACCCCAGCAAGAGAUAUUAUCCCAUAAAUCUACCUCUGUUUUUUUAAGCCACUGUGGAUGGAAUUCGGUGCUUGAAUCUCUGAGUCAUGGUGUACCAUUACUUGGGUGGGCAAUGGCUGCGGAGCAGUUUUUCAAUGUGAAAUUGCUGGUGGAACAAGUUGGGGUUUGCGUGGAAGUGGCGAGAGGGAAAACCUGUGAAGUAAAGCAUGAAGAAGUGGCAGCCAAGAUUAAGUUGUUGAUGAGCGAUAGCGAGAAAGGAAAGGAGAUGAGAAGGAAAGCUUGUGAAGUGAGGGAGAUGAUCGAGAGUGCCAUGAAAGAUGAUGAUGAGGGAGGUUUCAAGGGCUCUUCUGUGAAAGCCAUGGAUGAGUUCUUCCACGCAGCCGGGACGAUGAGGUUUCAGACCCAUACCCCAAACCAACUAAAUGGUACGAGUCAACCUAGAGUUCAACGAGUUAGAUGACUUUUAGGUAUUUGUCGGCUGAAAAAUUAAAUAUGGAUGGGCCCAUAGUAUUAGGUUACGUCCUAUGAACGAUUUAAUCUUACUUUCUGUUCGUCACAAAAGUACUUUUACUCCAAAUUAUUUUGUUCCAUUUCGGACCCACAUGGAAAUUUGUGCAUUUUGCCAUCAAAAGUACUUUGUUGAAACAAAUUUCCAAUA